AAACAAAAAAAAAAACAGGACCGGUUUGCCUCUUGGUACCACUCUGGGUAUUUUGGACCCUGGGGAUGCUUGGAAACCAUGUGCGCCUCGCCCACCUAAUGCGUGGGGCCUUUCCUGUCUGGUUCCAGGGACAAAACAGUCAUGGACAAAGGGGUCGCUGUAGGGGAUCUCAACACGCCACGUAAGUGAUUCUGCCGUAAGGAGGAAUGCAAAUAUUCAACGCUGUGGGAUCUUGAUGCACGAUUGCACCUCAUCACCUGCUGAUGUGAGCAUCCGAACAGUGCUGUCUGCCCGCAAGACUGCCAGCAAGUACUACCGAACAGUUUAUUAAAAUUGCCUUCGUCAAAAACCCUACUCAUUUUAAAACUAAAUGUUUUCAACCUGUCAUUUUAAAACACUUUAUUUGCAGUCAUUUUUGCGGUACGGAGCCCUGGGGCAUCGCUUAUCAGUGAUGGGGUGGGGGCGUGGGGGUAAAAUCCCCAGCCUUCAGUCUGUGUGAAAAUAUUACAAAGUUCAACUGAAGAUAACAGGCGGUAGCACCAAGUGCAUAACCUCCAAACCUUCUCACUGUUGCUGCUGCUCAGCACAUUCUCCCACGAGAUGAAAACAGGAGCUGGAUGGUGAAUUGAGUUAAAGAUUAAGGUUCAGAGUGCUGAGACUGAAACCACGUGGGAGGAAGUGCAUGUUGACACAAAGACCGGUGAACAUGUGCUUGUGAGUUUUUCUGCUGCCGAGUGUUUUUAUGUGAGUGACCAUGCCGGAGCCGCAGAGCAAGUUUUCGGUGCGACGCUGCCUCACCUUUGCCACAGGCCUGCUGGAGUGUCUCUGUUUCGCUGGAGCUGUGUUUGGAUGGGCUGCCCUUGUUUUUGUCCUCAAAGAGGACCGUUACUUCAGCUCUCUGUGUGUUAACGGCACAGGCGUCAACGGCACGCGAACUCUCGACUGCAGUGCACAGGAUGAACAGUUCUCGCUCAUUUUCACCAUCGCCUCUUUUAUGAAUAACUUUCUGACGCUCCCCAAUGGUUUCCUGUUUGAUCGAUUUGGUACCACAGUGACUCGACUCUAUGGAAUAUUCCUUUACACCAUGGGCACCUUGAUGGUGGCUUUCUCCUCCUCAGCUCUGGCCUACCUGCUCUUUCCGGCUCUUUCUUUUCUGGCUGUUGGAGGCAUCUUACUUCUCAUGACAAACAUGCAGGUUGGAAACCUGUUUGGCUCCCGCCGUUCCACCAUUAUCACUCUCUACAACGGGGCAUUUGAUUCUUCCUCAGCGCUCUUCCUCAUCGUCAAGCUGUUGCAUGAGUCUGGUGUCUCUCUUCGUGCCGCCUUCCUCUUUCUGUCAGGCUGCAGCGUCAUCCACAUCCUCAGGACGUUCUUCCUGCUCCCCAGAAACCUUAUUCCUUACCCGCUGCCGGAUCGCUACACAUAUGGAGCCUCUUGUGGUAAAUCGGUGACUGCGAGCGCAGAGGUGGCAGCAAAUGGUGAGGCGCUUCCAGCAGCUGAAGAAACGCCUCUCACAAACAAUGCUCCUGGCAAACAAGGUCCAGUAUUUAACAAAAAACACAAAGACUAUUAUUUACAUAUCUCUUUUAUCUGGCGUAGAUUUAUUUCUUUUUGUUGUUUUACUGCAUUUAAUAACUUUGUGUCUCUUUUUGCCCUUUCAGAGAAGACUUUCCGAGAGUGUUUGCUGUCCAGGUUCUUUUUGUGGCACCUGCUCUGGCUGUCGGUGAUGCAGCUCAGGCACUACCUGUUCAUCGGCACGCUCAACCCCAUGCUGCAGCGGCUGACUGGAGGACAGCCCUCACUGGUGAGCCAGUACACCAACGCCUUUGCCAUCACCCAGCUGUGUGGAGUGCUGUGUGCUCCCUGGAACGGCCUCAUCAUGGACCGACAUAAAGGCAAACCGCGAGCUGCAGGAGAGACUGAGCAGGAAGCUGAUCUGCGGGCGUCCGUGCUUUCUUUAUUCCUGACGGCGCUGCAGUGCGUCUUGUUCUCUCUGUGUGCCUCCACCCCUUACCUCCCGCUUCAGUACCUCACCUUCAUCCUGCAGGUGCUGAACCGCUCCUUCCUCUACGGCGGCAACGCAGCCUUCAUCAGCGUGGCGUUUCCAUCUUGCCACUUUGGGAAGCUGUACGGUCUGGUCAUGGCUCUGUCUGCAGUGUUUUCUCUGCUGCAGUAUCCCUGCUUUGCUCUGGUGAAAGGACCUCUGGGUGGAGAUCCUUUAUACGUGAACGUCGGCCUGACGCUGCUCAGCGUGUUUGCCUUCAUACAUCCCGUCUUCGUCUACAUGCAUUGUCGAAAUCUCGCCUCUGAGAGAGCAAAGAGCAAAGCCUCAUCUUAAAGAGUGCAAAACGAGGAUGGUGAUUUCUCUUUAAAGCUUUCCACCAUGGUGGUCGAGUAUCAUUUCUUGACUAGAAACUAAAAGAACCUUAUUUUCAGUAAAUUUUGUGAUCAUUUUACAGUUUCAUCUUAAACCAGAGUUCUUUAUAUAGAUAGUCCUAAGUGUCCCACAGAGGCAGAAAAUUACAAAUCCUUACAGCCACACUGUCAAGUUGUGCCAAUCUCAAAUCUCAGGAGCAACCAGCUAAUUCCAGACCAAAGUCUACCGUCUCGUGCAGCUCUAAAAGAUCUGUGUAUAAUACAGGGCUUGUAUUUUAUCCACAGACUCAACCUGUUAGAGUCUUUACACAAAUAUUAUCAUGUUUCACUACUUAGUGUAGCAGCAUUUAGAUAUAUGAUGUCACAGUUGAGGGAUGGAAAGCAUAACUAAUUAUAAAUAAUUAAAGCAUUGCAUGUAGAUAAAUAACUUGCUUGUCCUCUUCUAGGGUAAAAGCAAUCUUUUCACAGAUGGCAUUUGACUUAAAACCUGCCAUCCAUGAAUGCAGCCUCAUAAUCUGGUAGCGUUAUGUUCUUCUACACUCUGGGAUAAUGACAUUGAAAAUUAUGCUUAUGCAGUCAGAAUAUCAGAUGCCCAUUACUAUGGUAAAUAAAUACAACUAAGGAAAACGUAGAGUUUUGCUCCAGCAGGUCUUUUGUCAAAAAUUCAACGUCAACCUCCAUAAAUCAGGAAUAAUGUGGAAUGACAAUCCUGCUGAUAGCAUCUUGUUUUUGCAUUUCAAACAAAUUCAUAUACAAAGCAAAGAUGCAUGUAUACAAGUAGAGACUCCCUGUCAGAUCAAGAAAAAGGGAUUUUAGAUUAAGAAGGAGAAGGAAGAUCUACUAAAAGAGUGAACGUUUGUUUCUAUCCCUUACUUUUUGCAAGUUUCGCUUCAUUCCAACAACCUUUUUAUGUGUUUACCCAGUCAUCUGAUGCAUGAAGUAACUCUUUUUUUUCUUUUUUGCACAGAUAUUCUGCGUAGGUCAUUCAUUGUUUUUCUGCAUAGGUCAGUCAUACGUUUUACUUAAACAAAUUUGUUGUACGUUUGUUGUUUGAUGCCUAAUAUGUGCCAUUUAUUGCUGAAAGGGAAAAGGCACAGAGUUUAUUUUUAUUAUGAAACAGACUAAGGACCAUUGCAGUGACCGUAAUAACAACGUGUUCGGUAUAAAAGUUACUCAGCAAAGAUUUGAACGGCUACAUCAGAGAGGAAACAUCUCUGCCCUCUGCUGGCUGCACAGCAGAUUUAUUUCCUUCCGACCAGAUAAACAUUUCUUUUUACUACGUUGACGUCGUGUUUUUGUCCAUUAUGUGGAGUGUCAUUAUUUCAGUGUUUUUAUGUUAAACAUGGAGACAUAUAGACAUACUGUGUUAAAACGUGUAAAGGGUCAAAAAGGGACAUUUUAUAUUCCGAGGGAAAGUGCCAAACUAAAGCUGAUUAGUAUUUUUUAAUAAGAUAUUGAUAAAUAUUGAUAUGGAUAUAACAUUGCUGAACAAAAUGUAGCUUUUGAUUCAAUGUGUGAUGAAGGGAAUUAAUGUUCUUCACAUUCUGUUGCUUUUGUUAAACUGAGGUCAACUGCCACCUACAGGUUGUGAAAAAAGUGCAAUUGUGAGACAGUUAUUUUAUGUUUUUGGGCAUGUGCACCGACUGCAUGGCACCCUUUGAAUUUCGUUGUCCUUGUGACAAUGACAAUAAAGAUUUAUCUAUCUUAUUUUAUCUUAUCUUAUCUUAUCUUAUCUUAUCAAUUGUACGGACACGUUUUUACGUACAAAAAUCCAUCCUGAAUAAAAACUUGAUACAUUUCAGUUAUCAAAA